CACCUUUUCAUCAACAAACAACGAUUUAUCAUCGCCGUCGCCGCCCUGAACGUCGCCGUGCAUCUCAAGUAAAUCGAAAUAAAAAUACAAGAUGGCGGCCAACGGGAACACCAACUAUUACGAUUUGUAUCGCCAUGGCAGUCUUGGGACGACCCUGACCGAUGCACUCGACGACCUCAUUGGGGCGGAACGCAUGGAUCCUCAACUCGCGAUGAAGGUCCUCAUGCAGUUCGAUCGAGUUAUUACUGAGGCUCUCAAUGAGAAAGUCAAGGCUCGUUUGACCUUCAAGGGAUCUCUUGACACCUAUCGCUUCUGCGACGAAGUCUGGACUUUCCUCAUCAAGAACGUCACCUUCAAGAUGGAUGGUGGUCAGUCAGUGGUUACAGCAGACAAGGUCAAGAUCGUGAGCUGCAGCGCGAAGCGCAGUGACGAAAAGUAGAACGGAGGCGAUCGAAAACAGGGCAAGGCGGAGGGGUCUACCAGUUCACGCCUCGUCGAACAGGAACCUUAAUUCGAAAAGGAAUCCUACCUCUAGGUCAAGAGGGCGGCACUUUCGAUUAUCCCGUUAAAGAGGAGCAUCGAGG